AUGGGGGCGAGGGGGCCCGGCGCAGAGGGGGGAGUGGGUAACCGGGAGAGAAGUGAGAGCCCGGUACGGGCGGGCAGGCGGAGGAGGGGGCAUGGGGGAGAGUACAAUGGGGGGGCGGCGGGGACGGGGGGGUCAUGCGGGGGCUCGCUACGGGCUGGGGGGCGGGUCAAAGACGGGGGGGGGGGGGAGGGUAGGAGCGUGGAACGGGGGAGGGGCGGCAGCGCCUUAUCGUGGGUGAGCGGAACGAAUAGUGUGGAGGGGGGUGGCACGCGGGGGGGCAAGGGGGGGGCGGGAGGGCGGGGGAGGGGUAGACGGAGGAAGCGGGAAGUGGGUGAGGGAGGGGGGCACGGCGGGAGGGGGGGGGGAGGGUGGGAGGGGAGGGAGUGGGGUGCGUGGCGGGGAGAGAACGAGGCGGGACUGGGGGGGGGGGGGGCGGAGGUAGGGAACGGGGAGGGGCGGGGGGCCAAAAGAGGGGGGGCGGGCGGGGGGUGGGCGGAGGGGGCGGGGGGGGGGAGGGGCGGGGGGGGGGGGGGGGGAGUGAGGAGCGGGGGGGGGGGGGGGCGGGGGGGGCGAGGCAAAAUCGGGGUAGGGGGGGAUACGGAGGGGGCACGGGGGGAGGGGGGGGGGGUGGGGCGAGGCGGGGGUGGUCGCAUAACGGGGGGCCGGGGGCGAGGGCGGUUGAGGGGACGGGGGGCGGCGGGGGGUGGGGAUGGGGGGGGGGGGGCGCGGAAGGACAGGAAAGGAGAGGGCAGGAGGCCGGGGCGGCGGGGUGCAGCGGGGGGGGGCGGGGGUGUGGGGGCGGGGUACGGUGGGGGGGAGGGAGGAGGGGGGGGGGGGGGGGGGGGGGGGGGCGGGGGGGGCGGGGGCGGGGCUGGAGGGACGAGGCGGCAAUGUGUGUGA